GUGUGGCGGUGAUUCCCCCGCCGAACCUCCUCGUCCUGACCCCUAAAGUCCCGGUCCCGGUCGUGGUCCGGUUCUGAAGGGUUCGUCAUGCAGAACCGCUACGUCGCGCGCUUUCUGCUCGUCGCGCUGCUCGGCGUCGAACUCGCCGUCCAGUCUGACGUGGACACGGAGGAGGUGGUGCCGAUGCUGCUGCCCCUCCACCAACCUGCUGACCCGGACCACCUGAUGGUGUCGCUGCCCGCGUUCGGAAGGAAGCUCCGCCUAAACGUAACCCGGGACGGCGGCCUGGUGUCGGCCGCCCUGCUGGUGGAGGACCGGCGAGGGGGGCGGAGUCCGGCGCUCAGCCGACUGGACCGGGACCAGCUCUGCCUCUACUCCGGUUCCGUCCAAGACCACCCGGAAUCCCUGGUGUCUCUCAGCACCUGUGGAGGCCUGACAGGUCUGGUCCACAUGGGACAGGAUGUCCUCUUCAUCCGCCCCCUGGACGUCCCCAAAAGUUCAUCGGAGUCUUUCUCGGGUCUCAAACAUCAGCUGAUGCGACGGCGCCGCCCGGCCCAGAACGCGUCAACUCGGCACACCGAGAGGUCCGGACGCUGCGGCACCGCACCAGGGAAGAAGAGGUCAAAGGUCGGCCAGGAAAACCGGGGGAAGAGGAACGUCAUCGGACUGCAGGAAGCGUACACCGUGGAGACGCUGGUGGUGGCCGACGUGGACAUGGUCCGUUACCAUGGCGCCGAGGCCGCAAAGAGGUUCUUGUUGACCGUCAUGAACAUGGUGUACAACAUGUUCCAGCACCAGAGUCUGGGCGUCAGGAUCAACAUUCAGGUCACCAAGCUGGUUCUGCUUCACACCCGCCCCGAGAAGCUGAAGGUGAGCCACCAUGGCGAGCGGUCCCUGGAGAGCUUCUGCCACUGGCAGCAUCAGGAGUUCGGAGGUCCGCGCUACCUCGGAACCAACCACCUUCCCGCUGAAGACGUCCCGCCUGUGGACACGGCAGUGCUGGUCACCAGGACAGACUUCUGUGUCCACAAGGAGGAGCCCUGCGACACUGUGGGUAUCGCCUACUUGGGCGGAGUGUGCAGCGCCAAAAGGAAGUGUGUGUUGGCCGAGGACAACGGACUCAAUUUGGCCUUCACCAUCGCUCACGAGCUUGGACACAACAUGGGGAUGAGCCACGACGACGAUCACGCCUCCUGCACUGGCCACGCCUACAUCAUGUCUGGCGAAUGGGUGAAGGGGAGGAACCCCAGCGACCUCUCGUGGUCGUCCUGCAGUCGCGAUGACCUGGAGACCUUUCUCAGGUCCAAGUCCAGCGGCUGUCUGCUGCACACGGACCCCAGGAGUCGCUACCAGGUCCGCUUGCCCCCCAAGCUUCCCGGGAUGCACUACAGCGUGGACGAACAGUGCCAGAUCCUGUUUGGAGCCAACACCACCUUCUGCUCCGACAUGGAGCAUCUGAUGUGCGCUGGCCUGUGGUGUCUGGUGGAGGGGGACCCGACCUGCAAGACCAAACUGGACCCCCCUUUGGACGGAACCGAGUGUGGACCAGACAAGUGGUGCAGGGCGGGGGAGUGUGUGAGUAAGACCCCCAUCCCUCAGCAUGUGGAUGGAGACUGGAGUCCAUGGAGUCCAUGGAGCAUGUGCAGCCGCACCUGUGCUACUGGAGUCCGCUUCAGACAGAGGAAGUGUGACAACCCUCCUCCAGGUCCAGGAGGUCAGCAGUGUCAGAAGGCCAGCGUAGAGCACAAAGCCUGCGAGAGUCCUCCCUGCCCCAAGGGGGCGCCAAGCUUCAGAGACCUGCAGUGUUUAUCCUAUGACCGUCACGCCAGCAAGAAGAAGAGCCCCAUGCUGACAGCCAUCAUCAACGAUGAGAAGCCGUGCAUGUUGUUCUGCACUCCAGUGGGUCAGGACGUUCCGGUUCUGAUGGCCGAACGAGUGAUGGACGGCACGGCGUGUGGACCCUACGAGUCGGACCUGUGUGUCAACGGCAGGUGUCAGAGAAUCGGCUGUGACGGCAUCAUCGGGUCUUUGGCCAAGGAGGACCGCUGUGGCAUUUGUAACGGCGAUGGACGCUCGUGUACCAUCGUGAGAGGAGACUUCAACCACACACAAGGAAUGGGCUACGUGGAGGCGGUGGUUAUUCCUGCUGGAGCACGCAGGAUCAAAGUUGUGGAGGACAAACCUUCCCACAGCUUUCUGGCCCUGAAAGACGCCAGCAAGAAGUCCAUCAACAGCGAUUGGAAGAUUGAACUCCCAGGAGAGUUUGAGCUGGCCGGGACCACCGUGCGCUACGUCAGGAGGGGAUUGUGGGAGAAGAUGUCUGCCAGGGGGCCCACCAACACGCCCCUCCACCUCAUGGUGCUGCUCUUCCAUGACCGCAGUUAUGGAUUUCACUACGAGUACACGGUGUCCCUGAACGUCUCGCAGGAGAAGACCAGUGAGGAGAACAAAGACGCAGAACAUCUGUACAUCUGGACACACAGCAGCUGGAACGACUGCACCGUGUACUGUGGAGGAGGGGAGAGGAGGACGGUGGUGUCGUGCAUGAGGAUGGCUAACAAGUCCAUGGAGGUGGUGAAUGAUUCUUACUGUCAGCCUGAGAACCGUCCUCUACCUCAAGUCAGAACCUGCAACUAUCAGCCCUGCCAGUACAGGUGGGUGGUGCCUGAAUGGGGGUCCUGCUCCGUCACGUGUGGUCCGGGCGUCCAGCACCGCGAGGUCCUUUGCGUGCAGCAGCAGACGAACGGGUCUUUAACCCGCACCUCCGAGGUCCACUGCCAAGGGGGGCGGCCGCCCGUCCUACAGGGCUGCGAGGGGCGCCUCUGCCUCAGCGUGUGGGAGGCGUCUGAGUGGUCUCAGUGCUCGUCGGGAUGCGGACCGGGCGUGCACAAGCGGACCGUCACGUGCACCAACCCCAGGGGGCAAUGUGACCCCCUGUCCCAGCCCACCCAGGAGGAGUCUUGUGAGGACUACUCCAAGUGCUACGAGUGGAAAACUGGCGAUUGGUCCAAGUGUUCAUCCUCCUGUGGGAGGGGCCUGCAGUCCCGGGUGGUCCAGUGUAUGCACAAAGUGACGGGUCGCCACGGCAACGAUUGCCCGUCGCCGCUGAGGCCGCCCACCUACCGACCGUGUGACCAGGGAGCCUGCACGCAGAAGAUCAACGUCAACACCAUCACGUCGCCCCGCCUGGCUGCUCUCACCUACAAGUGCUCGGGCGACCAGUGGACGGUUUACUGCCGCGUGAUCCGCGAGAAGAACCUGUGCCAGGACAUGCGCUGGUACCAACGCUGCUGCCAGACCUGCAGAGACUUUUACGCCGGCAAGAGUUCCUGACCCGAGCUCCGCGUGCCACGCCUCUCUUCCUUUGUAUUCACUGCGGCAAGCAGGAAGUGAGCGCCAACGCUUACCGGCUUUGAUGAAGACUUGAAAAUGUCCGGCAGAUCUUCUGCUGCGCUCACAAAAAAAAAAAGAAAAAAAGCCAAAGCAGGUGGCGCCAUUGCACACGUUUGAAAGACGUGCCGAGAGCCGAACGUUAAUAAUCCUUGUUGUACUGUAUGCUAACGAUUACGUCGCCCGUGAAAGGCUUCUACGAGUGAAGCUACAAGCUCGCUAAACCGCCUGAGGGUACGCUCCUUGUCACCCAAGCCAGCCAAACUGAGCAAAUUGAUGGAUUGUUUUGUUGUGCGCCAUUUGGUGGUCAUGUUGUGCCUGACUAAAAAUAUGCACUUUGUCCAUUUUGACAGCUCGCUCAACAGGAGGUGUGUCAGAUUAAAGCUGCACGCCACGCAAACACCGGGCAGAAUUAAGAGGCGUUAUAGUACAGCCGCCAUCUUGUUUCUCUCGGCACCUGGAAAGAGGCGAGUACGCUCGCGCACCUAAGGCGGUGACGACGACGCAGUUCAUCUCCGAGUGGGCGUCACUUUUACACCUCAUUUACUGAGUUUGUAUGUAUGUAUGUGUGUGUGUGUGUGUAUUUGUGUUCUGGCAAUGCUUACUUAAUGGGGACAUCGCUCUGUUUACACCAGACCUGGGCAAAUUAAGGCCCGGGGGCCACAUGCGGCCCGUUAAGCUUUUCAAUUUGGCCCGCCGGACAUUCCCAAAUAAUUUUUUUAGAUCUUUAAGAUGGAAAGUGUAGCUGCCAUUAUGAUGUGCAGUCAUGUUCUCUAAUGACCGUAAGUCUUGAACUAUACAAAGUAUUUCAAUGGUUGGAAUCUGCGCUUUUGCAUGAUGUACUAGUUACUAUGGUAAUCUAAUUACCGUAUUUUUCGGAGUAUAAGUCGCUCCGGAGUAUAAAUCGCACCGGCCGAAAAUGCAUAAUAAAGAAGGAAAAAAAACAUAUAUAAGUCACACUGGAGUAUAAGUCGCAUUUUUGGGGGAAAUUUAUUUGAUAAAACCCGACACCAAGAAUAGAUAUUUGAAAGGCAAUUUAAAAUAAAUAAAGAAUAGUGAACAACAGGCUGAAUAAGUGUACGUUAUAUAACGCAUAAAUAACCAACUGAGAACGUGCCUGGUAUGUUAACGUAACAUAUUAUGGUAAGAGUCAUUCAAAUAACCAGGGGCGCCGAAAAGGGGGCGUAAAGGAGACGGAAUCUAGGGGCCCAUGAUGGAGGGGGGCCCAGAGAGGCCCCUAAUGAUGAUGAAAUUAUAAUACAGAAAAAAUAAUGUCAACUGUGAUGCUGUUAUUCUUUCAAAAAUAUGGUAAUGAUAGUCAAAAAUACCAUUAAAAUGCAUAACUGUAUGUAAAAUAGCAUCAAAAAAUGUUGCCGCUGUGUUGGGGGCCCUGUAAAGAUUCUUUUCAUGGGGCCCAAAAUCCCUAGCGGCGCCCCUGCAAAUAACUAUAACAUAUAGAACGUGCUAUACGUUUACCAAACAAUCUGUCACUCCUGAUCGCUAAAUCCCAUGAAAUCUUAUACGUCUAGUCUCUUACAUGAAUGAGCUAAAUAAUAUUAUUUGAUAUUUUACGGCAAUGUGUUAAUACUUUCACACAUAAGUCGCUCCUGAGUGUAAGUAAAAACUGCGACUUAUAGUCCGAAAAAUAUGGUAAUCUAAUUAGUUACUAUGGUAAUCUACGUCACAGCAGCUCAGACGAGGCACCAAGCAGUGUGGGCGGGAAGCGUUUCCACAGACGCGGAAGGAGAUUUUCACAACAAAGUUCUAAAGCUUAGUGAUAUAUCAGAUCGUAGGUGGGUUUAUUUUGUACCCUUCGCGUUCAUAUUUCACUGUUUGUUGCAUUUUUGUUGCGUUCCACUUGAUUGUGAAAUAUGUCGAUCGAAAGCGGGUGUGACGUUCAUAUUUUGUCAAUAUUCAGUGUUUUAUCGUUCAUAGAAAUAUGUAAAAUUCCAUUGUUUUUUAAGGCGGUCUGUCAUAACGUUUUUAGCAUUUAAUCAGACAUUAUUGUGAGGUUUUGUACUAGUGUUCCUAAAAAUAGAUAUACCUGCCCCCAGACACAUUUUUUCUCUAAAUGUGGCCCCCCGGGUCAAAAUAAUUGCCCAGGCCUGGUUUACACAGUCACCUUUAGGGGACCUCUGACGGUAUGGGGACAAAGAAAACAGAUCCCCUAAAGGGAAACCUUUUUAAAUGAUAGUCAGAUCCAUUCCGAAGAUGCCUAAGUGAUUUUUUUAAGCUUUGGCCCAUAUUUAAUUUGAUUUGAUUUUUUUUUUUUUUUAAUGGUCCUCAGUAGUCACGUACAAAUUUGUGUGAAUUAUGCAAAAUUAUUUAAAUUUGGUCCCCAUGAACCAUAUUAACUCUUUUUCCCCAGGGUGCCCAGUAAGAAUGAUCGGCGCAUUACUUCAUCAAUCCAGAGAUUUAAAGAAGUGUAUGAGCUAACUGGGCAGUGGCCAUUUUACCUCUUUUUUUUUUUAUGUCUCCACAACCUGUAGAAAGGGUGGUCCCCACAAGUUAUGAUCAAAAACUUGGUCCCCAUUCCAAAUGAUAACCAGUAUGUGUGUGUGUGUGUGUGUCAAAGGUGCUAUCUUAUGUUAGUGUGUGAAUGCGAGCCAUGACUAUUUAACACAUGUGUGUACUGUAC